AUGUGUUGGAUUCGUCAACCACCCAAAUACUACGAAGGCAAAGUGCAGUACAAGUACUUGGGCACUCUAGGCACGGGAACUUACGCCGCCGUGUACAAGGUGGAGAGACUUCAGGAAGGUGGGCCUUUCGCGAUCAAGACCAUGCCAUUGGAACAUGCCACCAUAUUCCAAGCUGAAGUCGGAACACUGCAACGGUUCCCUCACACCAACAUCAUUGCAUACGUCAGCCACUUUCGUUACAAGGAUGUCUUGCACAUGGUCCUCGAGUUGGCGUCCUAUAGCCUUCACGACGCCAUCAUCAACAGACGCAUCGACAAGACCACGUUCCUCGAGUGCACGGCGAUGAUGGCCGCUGGAGUAGCACACUUGCACAGGAACAAGUUACUCUACGGUGAUAUCAAGCCGCAAAACAUCCUCAUAACCGAGCAGAACGUGGUCAAGUUGGCAGACCUAGGCGAAGUGAGGCACAUGGUCAAGCCUCUUGACCGCGCGGUCGGGAGCGAGAGCCAUCAGGCCCCUGAAGUGACCAUGGAGGGCAAGUAUGGGCUGCCGACCGACAUUUAUUCGUUUGGCCGCACCCUGGAAGACAUGGUGAUCAACACGCUCAUGGAAAAGUAA